AUGUACUGCAAGGUAAUCUGCGUGUUGGCUGUAGCGGUUGCCGUAGUCUCCAGCCAUGGAUACUCGUCGCAGUACAUCCACCGCCACGACGGCCACCACCAGCCUGUGUACCACGGACACCACCACGACUACUACACUCACCCCAAGUACGAGUUCGAGUACAAGGUGGAGGACUCGCACACCGGCGACCACAAGUCGCAGCACGAGCACCGCGACGGUGACGUCGUCAAGGGACACUACUCGCUGCACGAACCUGACGGCUCCGUCAGGGACGUGCACUACCACGCUGAUCAUCACUCCGGUUUCCACGCGGACGUGAAGCACAGCGUACACCAUGUCGUGCCUGAUCAUCAUCAUCACCAUUACUGA